AUGGCCAAAGCCAAAGGAAAGAAGGAAGCCAAGAAUUCCAAGAACUCUCAGAGUCAUAUUCAAGCACGGCUGGAUUAUCUACACCAAGCCACUGCAUAUUUCGAGGACAAAUCUACACUCGCCAAGGGUCAGAACGCCAAAGUUCACAACAAUGAACACACCUCAGUUGCUGGUCAUGUUGACUCAGGGGGUAAUGGUCACACAGUAGAUACCCAACAACAAGUCUGCCCUGUGAAUCAAAAGAAGACUCAAAAGCCAUUGAGAAACCUCUCAAGGGUAUGUGUAUCACAUCUACGCGCCGUGGCAAUGAAGACGCAGAUUCGGCUGCCGGUCACACUAAAGAGAUCAGUUUGCAAGCGCUGUGAUACAAUUCUGACGCCAGGAGUGACCUGCUCGCAUGAAACCAGAAACGCAAGUCGCGGCGGCAAGAAGCCAUGGGCCGAUGUACUGGUCGUCCGGUGCCUCUCAUGCGGGACUGAAAAACGAUUCCCUCAGACGGAGAAACGUGGGAAAAAGCUCGUUGAGCGCCGCAAGGAGAAGGACUCGGUCUUGCUGCGCGACACGAAUGCACAGAAAGUGGAUACAUCCGCGGCGUCGCAAGGAGAAGUAGUCGAAUUACGUGAAGAGAAUGUGCCAAUGUUGGAUGCUGCGGAUGUCCCAGUGACGUGA